AUGGGGUCAUGUUAGAUUUGUAAUGGAUUCUAAAUAAAAGAGAUUAAAAUACAAUUAACACCAGAGAUCAUGAAAAAAGAACCAACACUGAAAUAGAUUAUAUUGAUUUAGGCUAGAUUUAGAGGAAUGUCAACAAGAAAGAGAGUCCAGAUUAAAAAAUAAAAGGAAAAUAUUAACUAGCCACAUUAAAAUUCAUUGAAUGAAGACCCAAUUUGUUAUGAAUAGGCCUAACACAUUAUAACAGACAGAUCUACUGUUGCUUAAUAAUAGGAAGAUCAUGUUGUUAUAUCGAUAGCACCAACAAUACGGAAUAGUUAGUUUCAAUUUGGAUCAACGACAGGGUUUGAUAGAUUGGUGAUGGAGGACGGGUAUUAGAAUAAAAUAAUCAUAGUUGUUACUUGGAAGGCAUGGUAUAGAAUUAUAAUUAAAAAUAAGUGGUUGGAUGGGUUCAUGAAUGGAGAAGGACUUUACAGUGCACCUGACGGAACAUACUACAGGGGAUAAUGGAAGGAUAGUUAUAUGAAUGGAUAAGGUACCUAUUUUAAUUCAACUUAAAAUAUCAGAUAUGAAGGAGAAUGGUAAUAUAAUUUAUAACAUGGUGAAGGGAUUGAAACAUAUGCAGAUAAAUCAGUCUAUAAAGGAACAUUUAAAAAUGGCUUAAAGGAUGGGCAUGGACAAUUCGUUUUUAAUGAUGGCUCUUUCUAUGAAGGACAAUUUUAAGAGGAUAAGUUUGAUGGAUUAGGAAAAUUUGUUUGGGAUUCUGGUUAAAAAGUUUAUUAUGGAGAAUGGUUCAAAGGAAAAAAAUAAGGCUUUGGUUAGUUGGAAGUCAAGGGAACAUAUACUUUUGAAGGUCAAUUCAAAAAUGGACUAAAAAAUGGUAUUGGUAAAAUAAUUUGGAGCGAUGGUAGAAAAUACAAUGGUGAAUGGUAAGAAGGAAAACAACAUGGAAUUGGUACAUUUUAAAACAGAAAUGGAGAAAUCUUCAGUGGAGUUUGGAAAUUCGGAUUAAUCCAAUCUCAUUGA